AAAAGAAAAAAAAAAAGGGAAAGAAAUGGAGAUUUGAAUUUGAGACUGCCGUCCCACAACUAUCGUCUCAUGAAUCUGGAAUAUUGGUGGAGCGUAGAAUAGAAAAUGGCGACGGCAAACGAUACGAGUUGGGUUGGAAAGAGAUCGGUGAGACGCCUGGGAGGGAUGUCCGAUGCCCUCUCCAUCGCUGCUGAUCUUGGCUUUUCAGUCCCCCCUCCACCUUCCCAGGAAGACUUCCAAAACUUAGUUGCCAGUACUGGUGAAAAGGGUGAUGAAUUGAUAAAGGUGUUAAGAGAACUUACCACUGUACAAAGAAAAAUAGCAGAUUUGCAAGUGGAACUUCAAGGUCGAAAGGAGGAUAGAAAUGUAGCACAUCUGACUCAUGUGAGUGAAAUGGAAAAGAAGAUUGAGACUUUGGCAAGAAUUACUGCUAUAUUGAAAGAUGUUAUCCAAAACAAGGACCGCAUCAUAGCUCGGCUUCAGCAACCAUAUUCAUUAGAUUGCAUUCCUGUGGAAGCUGAAUAUCAGAAACAAUUUUCUGAACUGCUGAUGAAGGCUGCAAGUGAUUAUGGUGCCUUGACAACUUCUGUUGCAGAUUUUCAAUGGAGUGUCAACUUCAAGGAACCGCCUUCAGUGUGGGGGGAAAUGCUGCGUCCAAUUCCUGUCGCCUUAGCCUCCUGUACCCGAUUUUUUGAGGCAAUGUCUGCAAUGAGAGAAUCAUUUUCUACACUCCAAAAUUUGAGAGUAGCUCAUUCUUCUUCCUCCUUGCCUGCAACUCCUGCCGAGAAUCCUUCUCAAAGAAUGGUAGGGGAUUCUGAAUACAUGACUCCACCUCCUUGGAGAAAUAAAUCAAGUUUUGAUGAUUUAGCCAUCAGAAACCUCCGAAGGCAAGAAAUGGAACAGCAAGAAGAAGAUGUAAAUAGUGAAGUAGGGGACUCUCAUCAGAUUGAUAUGACCCACAGGAGGUUGUCUUGGCCUCCUCCACUCAAAAAGUAGUGGUUUUUAGUCGCGAACCAUUGUCACUCGGGUUUUCUUUCUUUUUCUUUCAAUUCUAUGUCAAUGCAAUAUCUUCAGUGUAACCUGAUAAUGGUUUGUAGUCGUGAAUCGUUGGGGAAAAUCUUUUCAUUGAACAAACACAUCAGUUUGUUCAGUAAUAUUUUUUUCUUUUUGAAAUGUUUGGAGCGACACGAUUUGGUAUCUCAUUCUUAUAUGCUGCAGUGUAUCCUUUUGAUGGGUUGUUAAUAGCAGGCUCACUUCUUUGUUCAA